AUGAACGGCGAGGACCCCCAAGAGCGACCGGACUACGUCACCAGCAUCAUAAAUGGCCUGGAAAGAUAUAACCCCGAGGCGGUAGGCACACUCGAGACCUACCUCCAGCAGCAAUGCGAACAGAGAUUCUGCGACAGCAAUGCAAAUCGCACACUGCUGAAGUUGUACCAGCUCAACCCUGAUAGAAUCAAGGAUGAAGUUAUCACCAAUAUCCUCGUCAAGGCUAUGACGCAGUUCCCCUCCUCACAGUUCAACCUCGCCAUGCAUCUUAUCAAUCCAUCCUCCUUCUCCGCGACGUCAGAGCUUUCCGAGGCAGUGAGCAAACUUCGCGCCCUGAACCUCCAACUCGAGGGUGCGCAGUACGCCCGAUUCUGGGCUACACUCGACUCCGACGAUCUCUACGCCGAUCUCACCACCGAUAUUGAUGGUUUCGAGGAGAUGGUGCGCCUACGGAUCGCUCAGCUCGUAUCGCAGGCUUUCCGGGAAAUUGAGCUACCUGUCCUAGAGCAGUGGCUGGGUAUGGAGGGAGAUGCCGUCAAGAAAUUUGUGUCGGAGACAUGUGGCUGGAAGAUCGAUGGCACAACAGUAUUGAUCCCCAAGAACCCGGAGAACGAGGCGAAGAAGGCAGAGAUCAGGGAGGAUGUAAACGUGGACAUGUUUGCAAGAGUCAUCCGGAGAUCAUGGGAGGAGGCUGCUUAA